AUGUCGGCGCGACCGCAGCUCUUCACGCGCGGCCUCUCGGCCUUGUCGCAGAGCACAGAGGCCAACUCGCCCGCCGAGCAGCGCGACGACGCCAAGCGCAACUUUCUCAAGACGAUGCGGCCCCUGCCGACGCAGCACUACUGGAACGUCUACUUUGACAGGCAGCAGCAGCAGCAGCAGCAGCAGCCGCAGACGCAGUCCAGGGACCACCAGCAGCAGCAGCAGAAGCCCGACGACGGCGAGUACAAGGUGCAGCUCGAGCAGCUCGGCGGGCAGAUCGAGUCGGUGCAGGACUUUUGGCGCUACAACAACAACACCCCCGUCGAGCAGAUCAAGAUGCGCGAGAGCAUCUACCUCUUCAAGUCGGGGUUCCGCCCCGUCUGGGAGGACCGCCGGAACCGCGACGGCGGGAGCUGGACGUUUCGCGUGCCCAAGACGAUUGGCCCGGACUUCUGGACGCGGGUCCAGCUGCUGGCCAUAGGCGAGAAGCUGCAGAGCGCCCUCGCCGACGGCGACCAGCUCUGCGGCGUGGGCCUCUCGGUCCGCUUCAACUCGCACCUCAUCACCAUUUGGCACCGCGACUCGUCCAAGCAGGCCUCCAUCGACGGCAUGCUCGCCUGCGUCAUGGAAGAACUGCCUGCCGAGCUGCGCCCCAAGUCGGACAACUACUUUUACAAGCGCCACCGCGACCACGCGGGCUUCAAGGCGCCUCCGGACGCGCAACCCCCCGCGCCCGCAGCACCAGGGACGACGGCCGCGCCCGAAGUGACGGUCGAGCCGCCGUCGGCGCACUAG